GAUUUUGCCGGUGAUGAGUUCUCAAACAACCUCUUCAGUGAUCUCGCACCCCUGCUCACCCUUUUUGGCGAGCAGGUCACAAAACAGUUCCUCAGCCUGAGUCUGGGGUGGGCUGAUAAUUUCCUUCUUGCCAUGGGUCCUCUGGGAAUCAGGACUAUCAUCGUCAGUGCCAUCCGUGUCGGUGGGGUUAAAAAGCUCAAGGCAGUUGUUGGCAGGUGUGUUCGCGUUGAAUGUUCAGAUUCACUUUUUAUACUGACUUUCAUAAGGGCCCGUGAGAGCCGGUCAACGGCCGAGCUGGAACUGCUCUCAUCUACUUCGGCAGACGUUUGCGAGCUGUGGAGUGGCCAGGAGAUUGUCCGCCUCAUUGGGAACCCUCAGAUGAAAUGGCUCAUUCUCGACAAGUCCAAUGGCAAACUUCACGACUUACAGUCCGCCUCCGAGGAAAGAUUAAUUAGACACGAUCAAAUUCUCGGUUAUUCCGAUGGUUCUGAAGUAACGUCCAUUCUGAAAGACGCGGCACCGAACUUGGCUCUCAACGUCCGUCACGCCACAGCUUCCAGCAAAGAGUUGCGGUUUUGGGCAAUCGUCGGAAUAGGUUUACAAGCGACAGCUAUCGUCAUCCCCGGUCUUGCAACAUAUCGCUGGGCCUGGCUAAAGGCUUGGGCGCCUGUUGCGGGGUAUGGCUAUCCUUGCUUUCUUGUCGGCACACUGCUAGUGAUUGUAGGUAUUUUGGGAUGCGGGCAUGUCAUAGAAGGUAUUACCACGGAAUACAGCUUCGAGCCUGCCCACAACUCAGAUCUUCAGCCAUUGGUACUGCAAAGAUCUGUCACAGUGGCUGACCAACACUUUUCUUCAUAUGCUAUUUUCUUUCCGUCUAGGAUUCGGACAUCUACUCUGGCAAGUGAUCCGAAGGAGAGCUACUUCAGGUAUGUUGGAACUGGCACUUUUGGGUUUGUCAUUCAGUUUGUCGGCCUUCGCGCACUUCACUGGUCGGCCACUAUCCUUCAGCUUGGAAUAACUUUAGUCAUGACAGGAGUGCGUGCUUGGGCUCGACGAGGCCUUGCUUUUGAUCCAACCGCCACAACGAUAUUGGACGGCCACGAAAAGGCUUGGCUUGCUCUUCAUCUUUGGGCAAAAAAGACCACGGGCGCUACCCAAAGCUCCACGACAGCAUCGUAUGUACGGACGUUCUUUGGAAUUGAAUUCAGACUGACUGAAGUACAGAGGCGAAGAAGUGGAUAUCACUCCGGCGGUUCAAGAGCAAGGUCCAGUUAA